AUGGUAGACUUCUUGGUGGCGGAUUGCCCAUCUGCUUACAAUGUUAUCCUAGGAAGAACUACUUUAAACUCGAUGAGGGCAAUCACUUUGACUUAUCACCUCUUGAUGCGUUUCCCUACAGAGCAGGGCGUAGGCGAACUAAGAGGAGAUCAGACCACUGUCAGAGAAUGCUAUGUUGCGUCUCUGAGAGAAAAGAAGCAGCAAGAGGCUUUGGUUGUCGAAGAAAUUGAAGAACAGGAGCGAGAUCGAGCCAAGUCAAUUGAGGACCUGGUGGAGAUAUGCUUAAAUGACAAUGACGUAACAAAAAAGUUCCUCAGACAGAAUCAAGAUGUGUUUGCAUGGUCACAUAAAGACAUGCCUGGUAUUGAUCCAACUACGAUCGAGCAUCGAUUAAACACGGAUCCCAUAGUCAAACCUAUCAGGCAAAAACGAAGAACAUUUGCCACGGAGAGGAACAUGGCUAUAUCAGAAGAGGUGAACAAGCUUCUGAAAGCUAAUUUCAUCCAACAGGUUAAUUAUCCCGACUGGUUGGCCAAUGUUGUUUUGGUAAAAAAGGCCAAUGAAAAAUGGAGGUUGUGCGUAGAUUUUACCGUUUUAAAUAAAAUCGACAUGUUAGUAGAAGGAAUGGCUGGCUAUGAGUUGCUUAGUUUCAUGGAUGCAUAUUCAGGAUAUAACCAAAUCUUAAUGCAUCCACCAGAUAGAGAAAAAACCUCUUUUGUCACGAACAGAGUUUGUAUUGCUACAAGGUGA